UGGUGGCAUCCAACCAUGAAACUAUAGGAAGCACAAUGUUGUUGAGUACGCCUAUUGUGAAUAGCAAGCAUGUGGUGAUAGAGAUUCGUGGCGGAAGCAUGGCUAUGAAUGAACUGUCAUGCCAAGAGCUGCUAUACAAGGUGAAAGGGACAUGCCGUGUUUCCGGUAUAAGGCCCAACGGAUUCAUCACUUAUAGGGACUGUAAGCAGCUGUUGUCUGAUAGUGAUUAUAUUGCAAAUAUUGAUUCAAGGUUUGAAUGCAUUCUUGCACGAUUGUAUCCGGUGUCUGCUAUUAUACUUCAUGACUCCGUCUUGGUUGUUGCCAACGGAAAUAUGAACUUGGAUGGAUUUCUCCGUACCUUGUGUAAUAUCACACGCGAAUAUCACCUUCAAUAUGUGGACAUUACAUCUUCGCGGCGUCAAUGCAGGGGAGGUACCGAUGAUAUUGAGGUGUCUAUUGAUCUGACACUUCCCUUCGAAGUGAAAGUUUUAGAAUGUUGUUAUAACGCUGCCCUGGUACAAUUAAAUGAAGAUAUGACUGCAAUUGAGGAAAAGUUUAAGGUUGUGGAGCAAAUGCUUUUGGGGAAGCGUCCUUACCAAGAAAUAAACAUGGUACUACACAAUUUAAAGCAGCCUGUUGUCAAUAUGUGUGAAAUUUUAAAAGGCUUUACUGAAAUGAUGGAUGAAUUUUUGAAUGAUGAAGAUGCUAUAAAGUUAUUGGAAUUCAAGACUCACAUGUCGUUUUAUGGACCUGAAGCCCAGCUUUCUGAUUUUGCGGAGAGGGUUGUAAAUCGCGAUUUGGAGAAUCUUUUGGAAUAUUUCGAUCAGGAAGUUGAUCAGAUGGCACGGCGCUCACGGACUCUGGGAACAUCAUUAACUGAGCUAGAGAAACAUAUAACAGUCGCACUUGCCAUUAUACGUAAUGAAAUGAUGCGAUUUGAGCUCAUAUGCAGUAUCCUCAGCACAGCCUUUGCAGCUGGCGCUUGCUUAUCCGGGCUUUUCGGUAUGAACGUUGUAAACAGCUUUGAAAACAGCCACGCUGCCUUCAUCGUGAUAUCAAUUAUAGCGUUUGUUUGCCUCCUUUUUGCGGUGGUUGUAACUAAAAUGCUCAUAUAUAGGCAUCGAGUAUAAAG